UUUUAUGAUGUAUUGAAGUAAGUGCCUUUGGUUUUGUGUUUUUCUACAAUGCAUCGCUGUAGGUAGGUGGUGGGGAUGUGUGUGUUGUAUGUUCAGUGUUAUACUGUUUUAGGUAAAGACAGCUUCAGUUUACUUCAGUUACCCCACAUCCAAUCCAGCUCCGUUCUCUGAGUGUAAACAGUGUUGCGUUCUAUUAAUCAACAGCCAAAUGAUUGUACCUAUGGGCGCAGCUCACACCUCAAACAGGCCCAGGAAUGUGGUCAAACCUGAAAAAUAUUCCUCUCCUUGUCAGACCAGUUUGGCCCACAGGGAGUUACUGGAUAAGCACAUGUUUUGGAUGCUGGUCAGUUGGUGACCUUUGUCCUCCCCCUAUUUCUGCCUGGUGCCACAGGAUCCAAGGACAGUUGGCUCCGCCUUUUUGUUGACAGAGCUCUGUUCAAUCUGUAGGGCCUCUUCACUAACUUCAGUCCAGCUUGUCCUGUAUCUCUAAAGCAAAUGUGUAGGGGAUACAAACUUUCUGAGCUCCUGGCCAUUUUCAGACAGUCCAGUAGCUAUCAAAACAAGCCGUGGUCAAGAACUGGACAAGCCAGAAGGGCUGUACUUGUACACGUCGAGGCCAUUUUCUCACACUGACCAGUCCCUAGCAUAUCUCGGGUGAAGAACUGUGUGGGCAUGUUGUGCCUCUAUGCAGUUUGGUCAUUGUACAAGGCUGGGGAUCAGCGGAGCUCAAGCCGACUCCCAUGACCCCUGUAUUUAUGGGUAUUGUUGACACGACCCUGGAGGUCAGCGUGGCUUGGCCUUUCUCUGCAUUCAUCAACUCCUUUUAGUGGACAUACCGUUCCUUCUGGAAUUGAACUUCUAUCUCUUACGCUAUCGCGAAAGAGUAGUUGAACGGUCUUUGUUCAAUGGCAUGGCCAAAACACUCCUGAUCCCCCUCUUACUGGAGUUGAAACAACACAACAGAUGUAACCAGAUCUUCUGCCAACAAGCAGCCAGUGCCACUGGGCUGGCAAGCUGGUCACUACAGAAAGUAAUCAGGAAAGGAGGCUUCCGCAGCCUUGGAGAGGGAGAACGUGUGGAAUUUACCUACAAGGUCUCAGAAAAGGGACUGGAGGCCACGUUGGUAACGGGACCAGGGGGCGCCGAGGUUGAGGGAAGCAAACGGAGACCAAGACCUGUUGCACAAAGAAGAAGAGGGAACAGGUGUUACAACUGUGGUGAAAUAGGGCACCACGCGAAAGACUGCACACUGGAACCGCAGCCCAAGAGAUGUCACAUUUGCAAGUCGGACGACCAUCUGAAAAAGGACUGCCCCCAGAGGGACAGAGAGGAGGAGAGAACUAGGAAGACUCAGGGUGAAAGAGAUAAUAGUAACAACAGUAACAGUCAGGGUCACAUGCAGGAAGGUCCAGCUGCUGCUGCACACUGAUAGCACUGUGCCGAACAAUAUGACUCAUACCAUAGGCUUUCCUCAAAACCAAAGGUCACCAAAUCUACAGCAGGGAAACUCUCAGGAGAUAUCUCAACCAAGAAAAAAUGAUCAAUCUUAUUUUGUUCAUGGAAAGAUUCUUCUAUUUAUAUGAGACACACUGGUGCCCAGUAGAGUAACCUGAGAGAUCAGUACUCCCCUCUAUGAAGAGAUGAUACUUAUUGAGAAGAGAGAAAAAACAACAAGUCUACCUAGAAACAAAUCUAGUUGGCAGCGUGAAAAGUGCACUAUAUUUUUCUACCACUUGUAAUUUAUUAUCAUUAAUAUUUAUGAUAAUAAUUGCCUCAGGGUAAGAAAGUGUUUACUCAGGGAUUUUGUAUUACAUGUAGCUAUACAACAGCUUAAACUGCAGUUCCUUCUGUCAGUCUUCCCUUGCUGCCAUGUUUGUGCAUCGGUGUUUGGCGACUCAUUUUGAAUCCCCGUCAUAUGUGCUUCCCCCCCAAAAUGGUCGUUUUGGAUCAGUAGGAAAUUGUCCUUGACCAGCUGGACUGAAUAUACCUCCAACAGAAUGUCUUGAACUAGACAUACCAGGCCAGCCUGGGUCACUGAACAAGCAUGUUUGCUCCCAAACAGUGUUCUCUUGGAAAAAAAAAUUGCAUGCCAGUGAAAAUAGAAGAGCCAGAAGAGAGAAAUGUGCUCUACUGGCGUAAAAACCAAAUAUUUCCUGUUUUUUUAAAUACUCAUGUUCCACCACAAAAAUACUAAACUUUCAACAUGCUCAAGUCAAGAUGGGCAUUAUGUAACUGACAGGAAGAUCUGUACUUUUUCCUGUCCCAGCAGCUGACUUGUAAUGUUUUAGUACUGCAGAUGUAUAAGCACUUCUUAGGAAGGACUAUGGCAAACAUUAGAGUACACAAAUGCUAGUAAGCCAUUUACAGUGAGAGCUAAGGCCAUUACUUUCAAAGCUGCUGUGUUUUCUCCCAUGCAAAUGUGAUGUAAAUGAAUAAGAAGUCCCCAUUGUCGCUAGUAGGGUAACACUGGGCUUUCUUUUCACCAUACAGUAUCAGUCUCACAGCAUUGUACGGAAGCCAUUUAGAUUCCUGUACCUGUGUUUAGAAUGGAAAGAAUGUUCAAAGUAAUGCAGUAGAAUAAUAUUACAAGACGAUGCAGUUAACCUGAUGAGAUGGCAUUUACUGUGCUUAGUGUUGUUUUAAGUGAGGUAACUGCACAACGUGUACUGUAUUAUUGUUACCUACCAGUUAUUCUACAGUACAGUAGUAGGGAAUGAGCUCAGUACUCCUGUAGAAUGGUCACUUGCUGCCAUACUUCUGUUCCGGAUGCCAAUGAAGAAUGUUAGGUGUAGCAAACAGACGGGUAUCAUGUCUUGUUAGGCAGAUUGGUGUCAGAAGUGUUGGCAGCAGAAGGCCCUGGCAGAUGAUUGGCUUCACUGCUGAAAAACUCUUUUCUCUUUGGUUAGGACUGUGGAAAAGGAAAAUGAGAUGUUAACAGCUCUGUCAUCUCAUAGCAGUUUUUACAAAAAUAUGCUAUUAAACCUGUUAGCAUGUGGACCUACGCCUUCCUGGGUUAGUAAAUACUGUUAUCCUUAACAACAUACCUCUUUGCUAUGUUGGAGUACCAAACAUUGUCGUUCUUACACAAUAAUCCCAAAGCAAAAGUUAACAAAUGUGCAACAUGUAAAUCGUUAAGUCAGAUAGUUCUUUGCCUGCUCAAAGUGAACUUCAAGAUGUGGUUAAAGGAUAUGAAUGUGUUUGAGAGUUUUCUUAGCCACCAAUUGAAGUUUCCCAAGAAAGGAGCACAUGUCAGUCUCAGGAAAGCUGAGGAUGAAUCUGCCUCUAAGUUUUUCACCUGAAAUAGCUUUCUUGUCAAGUGUAUACAGUAUUGUUAGUCACAUUUCCUACCAACCAAAAAGUUCCAGAACUGCUGUUCUGAAAUGCCUUACCAAAUCCUGGGCAAAAUUGUGACUUGCCCAAAAACUAAACCAAAGAAGCUCCAAGAAACCAAAUUUUGGGUGUAAGUAUUUUUCUCUUUCAACACUAAAUCUCUUUAAAACAAAAGCUUUAUAAGAAAUCCUGUAUAUAGAUAGCCAUCCUUACAGAGAUUAGAGAUGUUCUCGCUAGUUGAAGUACAAGCCAAUGUCAUCAGUGUAGGUAGAGAGUAGGCCUUGUAAAAAUUUUCACGAGCCAUGUUGAUUCUAAAUGCACAUCAUAGCACCUAGUUUUACUCAUAGUAAGUGUAUAUGUGCACAAACUUUAUUAAGGUAAUUGUUAAGUAUCUAGUUCUGGGGAUAGUAGGGCUUUUUUUAUAAAUGGAUCAAAGACAAUCCAUGCUGCUCCUUUGAUGUACUUUUGUAUAAAAUUUAAGAUGUUUUUAGAUUUUAUCCUGACAUAUUUGUAUGAUUAUGAGAAAAGGAGUUCUGAUUACAGAGAGGUGGAGAAAGCCUCAAGUUGGACACAAAAUGUUGUGGAACUUUCACAGCAUUCUGAAAUGUAUCAAAAAGGUGAAAAUACACUACAAGGUGAAAAUAAAUUGGACAUUGGCGUUGAUUGUACUUUUCUUUGCUCAAAGACGCACUUGAGCUUAUUUUACUUUAAAAACUUACCAAAAAAAACCAACAGUUGCCCGCAUUUCCUUGAAGAAUGCAAAGAAUAAAAUAUUCCCCAAAAGGGCUGAUGUUGAGCCAUAUUAUAUUGCGAAAAGAAGAGGAAAGCAGCUAGGAGUGUCUUUAAGGUCUUACUUAAAUAAUCAACUUCAUGAUAACCACCAAUUUCUGGUACUGUUUACUACUGUUGACUUGUUUCUUAGGAUUUGUAAUUAAUGUAGGCACAAAUAACCAUUUGGAUGUAUGUUUCUAAGGUUAAUCAUUCCUUUUGUCAGGGAGUAUGGGCUGUAGCCAAACCCUGUAUGCAUCUUACUGAUAACCGACUGUAACCUUUGUACUGUUUUUAGUCCACUUUUCCCAGGUUGUAAAGAACAAUCUGUCAGAAGCCACAGUUUUGCCGAUCAAGACCUAUACAACAGUGUUGUCAAAGAAUAAAAUGAUUUAUUUACAGAA